AUCACGGGGACUUACACUGUCAUCUGAUAAAACUAAGCAGCUUGAUAACUACACUGCCCCUUCUUAACCAAUUUAUGCUCAGUCGGGAUAACAGAGAAACUACGUAAGGUCAAAAAUGUAUUAACGUCAUCUCAGGAUAAGUUAGCAUUUAGUCUAUCAUUGCUUUAUAAGCUUGUAGGCAGUAAGAUUCAGUCUUGACUCUGAACUAAGAGGAAUAGUUCAGAGAAAAUACAUUUCCUUUUUGUGCGUCAGCACUUAAUUUAUGGGUUUAAAUCUAUAUGAUUAUUUGUGUUGUUUAAAGGCGGCUCUAAUAUUCUGUUAUUACACCGAAACUGAAUCUCUGCCAUGGACGCUACACUCUUUGGCCUUGUUUAGAUAACAUGAGUGAAUUAUGGGCUGAAAACAUACCUAUUCAUUUUGUUAAUGCAUUGGCUACAGCAGUACUACAGCAGUACUACAGCAGUACUACUGCAGUACUACUGCAGUACUACUGCAGUACUUCACACUGUGCACUGCAGUGGUGAGGUUACCCUGUCAGUGGUGUUGAAAACUUACAGCUGGUACUGUCAAUCAAAAUCAGCUUCAAAAUUACAGAUUUUUUAAUUCUACUCAUUCUUCCUUGACAAAAACUAGAUUACCCACAAUGCAUCUACACCUCUUUGGUAUCCUGCUAGUGGGGGAGUAAAAAAUGUUGAUCAGUUCACUUGUCUCUUACUUCUUGCUGUCUUCACCCCCACGUUAACUUCCCUGAUGUCCAGAGGUGCGAAAUAAUGAAGUGUAAAUACACUGUAACUGUUAGGUAGAGUUUCCAGUACCCAUGAUUUACUUGAGUGUUUAUUUUUACUCUUAGCUCCUUCAUUUUAAGGCAUAUAUCUUUACUUUGUACUCCUUACGUUUUCUUUCGCUGGUUACUUUAGUUUUAAAUCAUUUGAGGGGGAGUUAUUGAGUGUUUAACAUCCUAAAUAGGAGCUGUAGCUCAGGAGGUGGAGUAGGUCGUCUAAUUAUAAUUGGAAGGUUUGAUUCCCGGCUCCUCCAAUCUGCAUCCUCGGGCAAAAUGCUGAACGCUACGUUUCCCCUGAUGCAUUUGAGUGAGUGUGUGAAUGUGAUUGUAUGAGUGGGUGAAUGAAAAGAUGCUAUAAAAGUACCAGUUCACAUAAAAACACAGUGCAUCCAACACCAGUGCUUAUCAUGCAUGACAGAUGGAGAAGAGUUGGAGAUGUUAGGCAGCAUCGUUUACAGUCUGUUUAGGUGUGAAGUCACUCGGUUAGCUUUAGACUUUGAUGCUUUGAGCACAUUUGAACUUUUAAUAAAGAAUUUGUAUCAGUGCUUCAUCUUCUCCCAGAGCCUUUUUUCCAACACAAGUGUCUGUACUUGUACUUAAGUGAAGAAUGCGCGUAGGUUGCCAACUCUGCUCAAGUGACACAAGAUCACAUGGACAGGACUUGCUCGUUGCCGCCGUAGCUGGCGGAUGAGAAAGCUCCAAAUUUAGCAGGGUGAUCUGCAGGUGAAGCGUUUGCUGUCUCCACUGACAUGCAAAUAGACAUUUUACUGCGGGGCAUGUGCAGAAAAAAUACAGUCCUUUGUAGCACAGAAGUGUAACAUAAAAACAAAAAGACUGUGACGAGGAAUUUGAAAUGAUCACGGGACAGUUUCUUCUCAAAAAACAAAUUUGCAUUUUGAUAUCUCUCGUCAGAGCUGUGUCUACACGAAUCUGAGGAAGGUCCGAGUUUUAGAUUCAAUUGUGCGUUUAUCUGUAUCUGUCUUUAUUUUGAGAUAUGUCUGAGGUCAGAGGAAAUCUCUUUAGCGUCUUUAGAGUCGGUGCUAAUUUCUGUGACGCUAAGCCAGGGUCAACUUUGAGGUCUGUGGCCUUCAAACUCUGUGCCCUCCCUCCCAGCCUUUUGCGCUGUGGUCUCUUGAGAAACACCACUCAGUCAAAUGAAAUAACCCUCAGGUGAUAAUGUCCCUUUACGUUUUUUUUCUGCUUCUAUGAAAUAGUUUGAAUCUAUGGUCUUAAAUGGACGUGGCAUUUUUAAUCAGAGAUUGUGUAGAUGUUCUGUGUCACCACAGGUAUUUUCUGUCACCUAUUCCACUGUUUAAGCAUAUUUGAAAUAUAUUUAGUGGGUUUUCCAAAGCCAAGGCAGUUCUUGUCUUUGUUACAGUUAUCUUUGAGCUGAUGGAUGAUGUCUUAUUUUGACUGAUUUGAUUAACUGUGGAGCCAUUAAACCCAGAGGUGGGUCGAGUAUCCAAAAAUUGUACUCAAGUAAGAGUAGCAUUACUUUAAAAUAUUAUUACUCGAGUAAAAGUGAAAAGUAGUCGUCAAAAAAGUUACUCAAGUAAGAGUAAAAAAGUACUUGGCGAAAAGACUACUCAAGUAGCGAGUAACCGUUUGAAAUGUCCGAUUUAUUUUUUAAAUAAAUGUUAUCAGACAAACAAAAAUAAAUAAAUAUACAAAUGUUACCAUUAAUUUAAACCACACUGUAAAACAUUAGCUCUCUUUUUAAUCCAUUUAAACAACUGACUGGCUUCCAUUAAUCUCUUUCAGUGGGUGGUUCAUGCAAACUUGCUUUAUAUGCAAAUAAAACAAAACUGAAAUGACAGAACAAGAAAAGGAGAAUUAAAGGUUUAAAUAUCGCAGGCUGCCGAUAAUAAAAGUUUAUGUCUAAUAACGGAAUAAAAACAGUGCAUAUAAAGUAGAAAAAUCAGAAAUUAAGAUGGUAAAUAAUUACAUGCAUCAAGCCUGAUCUGUUUCAAAUGAUAUAUUUUGAGUACAUCAGUGGUUACGUUGCUGCACUUUGCUUUUUAGUUUGUAGUUAAUAAAACUAGUAGUAGCACAACUUCCCUGCAAAUCAGACAGAGAACCAACACAUGUUGUAUUUUACAUUUUUAUUACACAAAAUAAACCUCGCGGUAAAUUGUUUUCUUUUUGUUGUUGUUCUAUUGUGUGCAUUACAAUUUCACCUUUUCCUUUCUUGCGGUAUUUUCACACAAAGGGGUCCCGGCAGUGAUUAGUGAAAACUUUGAGCGAUUCUUUUGUCUUUAAAACAAUAAAUUUAUGAAAGAAAGUCUCGUCCGGGCUUCGUUAGCCGGGCCUUCUCCGUCGGGGGUAAAUGAAAAUGACAUUUAAAACAGUUUCUUAAGCAGAAAACAGCCGCCAAUCACUCUUAAAGGGGAAGGAUUGCAAUUAACAGCCCUCUCCUAAUCCCCUCGUUUCACCUCCUACGCCGCCUCAGCUUUGUCCACCUCUCUCUCUCCGGCUCACUCCUCUCCCACUCUCCUCUCUGAGCUGGAGUGGAUAGCGUCUGAACUCAGCUACUAAAUGCUCUUUACCAUUGGAGUGCAUCUAUUUGGGGCUGUUUGUCACACAAAGCGAACAUAUUUAGAGAAAUGCUAGGCAAUCAACGCCAGCUGAGCGACUGCAGGCGGUGCACAUAGCGGAUCUGGGAAGAGUGAAGUUGGAGGGAGAGCUGCUGAGAGGAACAGGUGGAGCACUGGCAUCAGUAACUUCAGUACUUCAGCAUAUUUACUUCCAAGAGGCCCAGGUGAUUGCCCAGACGCUCGAAUGCAUUUAUCGCUGGAUACCAUGAGCAUGGUGGACGACAGCUGCCUCUCGCCCAGCAAUUUCCACGAACUGGGUAAAGGUGGGGGCGUUGCAGUGGGAGGCCGCGUCCACAGCAUCGAUGUCAUCCUGGGUUUCAGCAAAGAGCAGGACCCCUUGCUAAGUCCCGCCACGGCCCCCGGACCCCACAAAGUGAACAUAGACAGCCUGGCGGAGACCGGGAAGCAGCUGGAGCCCUCGUCGCACCCGUCCUACAGCGGGCACCUUUCCUCUCUGAGAAGCAGCAGCGGCACAGAGCAGCAGCAGUACCACGACUCCGGCUUAUUUGCAAACAAAUGUGAUCAGGAACUGAGCGAGCUGAGGAAGAGUAUAGAGAGCGAUGAAGGCAAGUCUCCGGACCCAAGCAAGGAUGAGCAGCCCAAGAAGAAACACAGGCGCAACCGCACCACCUUCACCACCUACCAGCUGCACGAGCUGGAGCGUGCCUUUGAAAAGUCCCAUUACCCAGACGUGUACAGCCGCGAGGAGCUCGCCAUGAAGGUGAACCUCCCCGAAGUCCGAGUUCAGGUCUGGUUUCAGAACCGUAGGGCUAAAUGGCGCCGGCAGGAAAAGAUGGACGCCAGCACCAUGAAGCUCCACGAUUCACCCAUGCUCUCUUUCAACCGUCCGGCACCAGUUCACACCAGCAUGGGUCCAAUGACCAACUCCCUCCCCUUGGAACCCUGGCUGACCUCUCCCCUGUCCAGUGCUACACCUGUGCACAGUAUCCCAGGCUUCAUGGGUCCAGCUCAAGGCCUCCAGCCCAGCUACCCAAGCCACCAUUUCCUCAACUCCACCCCCCACGGUCCUCACGGUCCUCACGGUCCUCAUGGUCCUCAUCCACACCCUCACACUCAUCCCCAUCCGUCCAUGGGUCAGGGGAUGCAGAGCAUGGCUCCUCCUCCUUAUCAGUGUCCAGCACCAUACCCUGAAAAGUACCCUUUGGAGGAUGUGGACCAGCGCAGCUCCAGUAUUGCUGCACUGAGGAUGAAAGCCAAGGAACACAUCCAGUCUAUGGACAAGACCUGGCAACCCAUGUGACUAACGAGCUCGGCGGUCGACGUGAGCAAUGCUGGAAGUGACACGUCACGUGCUACGCCACUAAGUGAAAGAAGCGGAUUCUGAACUGUGAAAGCUGAGGACGUAAGAAUUUUUGUUUGGGGGGGAGACUUUAUUUUCUUUUCUACUUCUUCCCCCUUAAAAAACAGCUGAAACCUUCAGCGGGUUAAAAGUUUCCGAUAUUUUUGCUCGUCCAAUCUCUAGGUGUCUAUUGUUGCCUUGGGUUCGUUAAAAACAAAUGUCUUCUUGGUGAAACAAACGGUUUAUGACACCUAGAAGUAUUUCCGAGUCACAAACAGGCUCUGAGUGCACGUUUCAUGCCUGAGCCUUUGCUGCAGCUCUUUGGGUGCACCAACAGUGAAGACACGCUAUAUCAUUAAAAACUGCCAAAAUGCGGGAAUUCUUAUUCAUCACUUUUCAUUUAUCCAAAUCAUUUGAGUCGAGCAAAAUAUCAUUCUCAUGCUUUUCUUUUCUAAUUUUUUUACACCACAUUUGUGUUUUUACUAAUUAGUCCAGCUGUCGAAUUUUCAUGGGUCUGCAAAUCAGAGUCUUAGAGGACUUUGUGAAUGGACCUUUGGUCUCUGUUUAAUGUGAAAUCGAGGCAUGAAGACACACUACAGUGUCACUGCUCAUCUCACUAAUCUGUUUAGUUAUAAAAGCCGUGUAGCUGGUUUUCGUUUUAUGUCCACCUGUUCUAUGAUUUAUGUUUCUACUUGCUACGCAGUUUAGAUACGCGAGUCCAUGUUUUAGAUAUCUUGGUGUGACUGGAAGAAGAUGAUCAGUGAGGAGAAGCUUCUUUAAGAGAUCUUCAUCUGGUGGGAAAAGGGUCACCUCAACUGGGACCGGGAAUAUACCAAAAAUAUUUCUGCACGGAUACAUUUUUUCUGACUUGUGCUUUAAAGAAGGGAGGAAGCAGAAGAAAGGCAGAGGAAGUAGACAAAAAAACGCAGGCUAGUCAGCGGAGUAGCCCUCUUUUUGCUUGAGUGACUGUUGGAGGAGAAAACCUGUUGGCAGCUCAGUGUUGGUGGCUGCGUGUACGUGCAGGGCAGCAGAAAGAGCCCUGUGUGAUGCGUCACCCCACAUAGUUCAGUCUUUGUUCGACACAAUUGAUCCAAGUGCAUCCUCUUUGUCCCGAACAGAAGGGGGAGAAACGGUCUCAGGCUGCACUAAAUAGGCCCUUGUAACCAUUUUGUUGUAGUUUUUUUUUCUUUUUCAAACAAGAGGAAACAUGGAUUGUUACUGCUUUGGUCAUUAGUGACACAAUAUUAGUCUCAUGCCAUCUGUUACGGGGUUAAGCCCCAAUCAUCUUAAAGUUGGAGCACAAUAUGCUUCAUAUGGACAGUAGAGGUAAAUAAAUAAGACUGUGACACUGAAAUGUUUUUGCAUGUGCAGGUACCAUCUCAAACAAAUCUUUGGAGGUUGAAAUUUAUAUAUUUUUAACAGAACAAGAGAGAUAGAAAACUCUGUCCUCUUAAAGUGCAAUUUCAGAAACCCAUUUUUUAUGUUUCUAUAUAAAAUGUGUUUUUUCUUUUGUUAAAAAUAAAAAAGGAGACUCAUUUCUGCCCAGAUUGUUACAAAGUCACACCCCACUUUUUUUCCCUUAUUUUUGGAUACUUUUGAAAUUCACUCUUGUCUGACCUAAAGGGGAUAAGUAAUGUUACAGCCGCUGUUCAUCAUCUGUCUUCAUGUAGUUUUACACGAUGGUGACCUCACACAGCACAGGAAACCAGAAUUAUCUUAUGUUUUAACAGGACAUUUAGUUUGCAGCAUAAAUGUUUUGGGCCAAGAAUAAGCCAAAGGUUAGAUAACAGACAACAUUGCACUAGUUUUAGUUAUUUUUAUUGUCUUACAUGCCCUAGUUAUGUCUGUCUUAGUGAUAUCGUUGUUUUAUUUCUUUUGGAUUUUGUCUGGAUUGUUGAUGUUCAUAUUCUGGAACAAAUGGAGAUCUACUGAAAAUAAAUAUAGUUUGAUAGAAAUUGUAUCUCUGCGUUCUCACUGCAGUGCUUUCAUGUUGACCUAUGCACUCAUUCCCACAGUCACUGUGGGGUUUUUAACCUCCCUAAGACUACUAGAGCAAUCCAAGAUUACUACAGUAUAAUCGUUGUCAUCUGACAUACAUGAGCAGAGACAUUUUUUUUUGCUGCAAACACUUGUGCGCCUUGUCUCUCUGUCAUGGUUUUCUUUCUUUUUACCCCUCUCAAUCCUCUCUGCUUUUCCAUGGGGUUGUGGCAGGAU